AUGCCCGCGCCGGCCAACACGCUCCUGAUCGAGGGUUCCUUUGAGGAACUCACCGAGGAACUCGCGCAAUAUAUCGACAAUCUAAAGAGAGCGCAGGGCGACGAAAGCCCCGGGAUACAGUCGGAGAUUGCAUCGUUGCUACAAGAGAACAAGAAGGAUGAGGUAUUGAAGAGGCUGGUGACGGGCAGCGCAGUCCUGAAUUCAGCGCCAGAGAAGGAAUUCGUGGCAGCAUACAACCUUCUCGUCCACCUCGUCCGACAGUCCCCCAACAUGAACAUGUUCCUCUCAAGAAUGUGCCAAAACCUCUCGGCCCCCAUAACCUCUUCGCCAGCCAAUGCCUCGGGCCUCGCCCUCUCGAUCCUCAGCACAAUCUUCAACAUCCUCCCCGCCGACAGCGAAGCCCGAUACCACGUCUUUCUCGCCAUCCUACGCGUGAUCCGCUCAUCCGCCAACUUUGACACCCUGCAACCGCAGCUCAAGAACCUGGACUCCUGGCUCGCAGAAUGGGAGAUGGACGAAGACUCCGAGCGCAAGCUGUAUCUCGCCUUGGCCGACUCCGCGCAAGACGCGGGCGAAGAUGACCACGCAUACCAAUACCUCGUGAAAGCUCUGCGCACGAUCCCCUCAGACGAAUCCUCCAGCGACGAAGCGCGAACCCUCAGCCUGCGCGCCCUAAAAGCCGCACUAACCCAUCCGACUCACUUCGACUUCCAGGACCUCACGAGCCUCGACAGCAUCCAAGCCCUCCGCAAAUCUGACGCGGUCUACUUCGAGCUGCUCGAGCUCUUCACAUCCGAGAUGCUCGACGACUUCAACGACUUCAAAGACGAGCACGAUGGGUGGAUCGAAGCCGAAGGCCUCGACGGCGACGCUUUGAACCGAAAGAUGCGGCUCCUGACCCUCGCGUCGCUCGCCGCAUCGACCGGCCAAACGCGGCAACUGCCCUACGCCCACAUCUCCAAGGCGCUGCAGAUUCCGUCCGAGGAUGUCGAGAUGUGGGUCAUCGACGUGAUCCGCGCGGGACUCGUGGAGGGCAAGCUAAGCCAGCAGACGCAGACGUUUCUUAUCCACCGCAGUACUUAUCGUGUUUUUGGAGAGAAUCAGUGGCGCGAGGUGGCGAGCAGGCUGGAUAUGUGGCGCACGAGCUUGGCGGGCGUGUUGGGAGUUAUUAGGAGUGAGAAGGAGAACUUCAUUCAAACGAAGGAGCAGGAGGCUAGGGAGUUGGAUGCGAAAGUCAAUGGAGGUGGGAUGGGGGCGGCGUAUAGGCGGCCGGGCGGGAGGGCGGUGGAUGUGGAUUUAGAGUAG